UUCAGCUGGGUCACACACACAAACUCCCCAGCCUUUUAGUGUCGACACCAUAGACACCCCGGUGUCUGAGUGAGAUACACAGCAAUAGCCCAGCUGGAAAAACAACCAGCCUCUCCAAGCCUCUAAUCCUCUUCUGACCUGCAAGAAAACAUGACAGACUCAUCUACCAACAUGCGGCUGAAGCUGCCAAUUGUCUGCUUCAUCCUGGAAAUCAUUCUCAUCAUCCUCUUUGGUGUGCUGGUGGAGUAUGACCAUGACACAGAUGCAAAGCUAUUUAAUGGGAAAACUCCAAACCCUCAUGGCCAUGGUGGGCAUGCUACUGGGACGUCUCAUAACUCUACACCUCAAACAGCUCAUAACGACUAUGAGAAUGACUUCUACUACCGCUAUCCAAGUUUCCAGGAUGUGCAUGUCAUGAUUUUCAUCGGCUUUGGUUUCCUCAUGACCUUCCUUCAACGCUACGGCUUCAGCAGUGUGGGCUUCAAUUUUCUUAUUGCAGCCUUUUCUCUGCAGUGGGCCACUCUCAUGCAAGGCUUCUUCCAUGGCCUGCAUAAUGGGAAGAUCGCCAUUGGGGUUGAAAGUAUGAUUAAUGCGGAUUUCUGCACCGGCUCUGUGCUGAUUUCCUUCGGAGCAGUUUUGGGUAAAACCAGCCCAAUCCAGCUGCUGAUUAUGGCCAUUUUCGAGGUCACGCUGUUUGCUGUCAAUGAGUUUAUCUUACUCAGCCUUCUAUUAACUAGAGACGCUGGAGGCUCCAUGACCAUCCACACAUUUGGAGCCUACUUUGGCCUGAUGGUGACCAGAGUCUUAUACCGACCCAACCUUGACAAGAGCAAACACAAGAACUCGUCUGUCUACCACUCUGACAUGUUUGCUAUGAUAGGUACCAUCUACCUGUGGAUGUUCUGGCCCAGCUUCAACUCUGCCAUCACAGAACAUGGAGACCCCCAGCACCGUACAGCCAUGAACACCUACUACUCCCUGGCUGCCUGCACUAUGUCUACGUACGCCAUGUCUUCUCUCACAGCUCAUGACGGAAAGCUGGACAUGGUGCACAUUCAGAAUGCAGCCCUGGCUGGAGGAGUCGCAGCAGGAACAGCUGGUGAAAUGAUGCUCACGCCGUUCGGCUCUAUGAUUGUUGGUUUUUUGGCAGGAAUCAUCUCCGUUCUUGGGUUCAAGUACCUCUCGCCCAUCCUGGAGGAAAAGCUAAAGAUCCAAGACACCUGUGGGGUCCACAAUCUGCACGGCAUGCCUGGCAUCCUGGGAGCCAUUGUUGGAGCCGUCACCGCUGCUGCUGUUCCCAAGGAUGUAUAUGGAGACGGUUUGAAAAAAGUUUUCCCUGAUGUGGCAAGUGGAUAUAGAGACACUUCUAGUCAGGGUGGCAUGCAGGCACUUUCCCUUGCAAUCACCUUGGGUAUUGCUCUUCUUGGAGGACUUAUUGUUGGUUUCAUUCUGAAGCUGCCGAUCCUCGGUGCUCCUCGUGAUAAUGCCUGCUUUGAGGACAACGUCUACUGGGAGGUUCCAGGGGAAGAGCAUCAUCAUCAUCAGGAGGAGCUAACUACUGUGAGGACAGAGGAGGUUGAGAAGCUCAACACUUAGAGAAUAGAUCCACUGAAACUGAGAAACACAGACCCAAUCAGAGGUUUUAACAGCACUUGAAAGCCUACAGGC